CGGCAUGGCGUGUGGUGGCAUUCACGCCAAUCUACUCGUGUUCCCCAGCAGCGUGCGAGAGUGCACUUUGCAAAGCUGCCAUAGCUAGCCUGCUGCAGACGGAGGAUGAUGAUGAGCUCUGCGGUGUAAACGUGCGCGCUCGAUCAUCAUCCACUCAUUGGGGUGCAGGGAAGUGGGAAAGGACUGUUGGAUGAGGCUUUGAAGUCAUGUUCGUCGGCGCCUCGACGGCGGUGGUACCUCUGGCUGUUGCUGGCGUUUGGAGUGGAGAGAGAGAACAGAGAGGUUCCUUCUCCUAGCCUUUGAUGAGGCACAGCCUUCGUUUGCCUGGUUUAGUCCUCUUCUGUUUCAUCGCCUGUCUUGGCAAGAAGUAUUCUAGAAAUUGCCGGUUGCCAUCGACAUGCCUAAGAUACCUCUUGUGAAGGAGCAGGCGGACGGCUCGUCAUGGCUACCGACGAUCGUCGUCUUCCUCGUGUUUGUCCACGUGGCCGCUUUUGUGUAUUGGAUUUACCGACUCACGUUUGACAGAGUGCCACCUCGGAGAAAGGUCCAGUAACAGGUCUGACUCAUCCUGUGAAAAAAAUUCAAUGGAGGACAUUGUUUGCAUAAUGCGAGAUUGGAGAUCUGCCAGCAUGAUUGGGAGGUCGAUACUGAAUAAAGUUGUCAUCAUGUGCCCAACGAGUUCGGCAGAUCUCCUGAUGCCGCUGUUUUUUGGAGCUGUCAAUCCGUCGGCGGCUAUGGCUAUCAGAAGGCGCAUACACUUUCGUGGAGAGAGAAGUCAAAUCAACCCUCUUUACUCAGCUAUCUAACCUUGACGGGUUGAUCCAUUGCAUCUUUGCGCAGAACGGAAAUGGUGCUGUCAUGUCUGGUCUCCAUGGAACAGGACCGUGCAGCAGCAGGAUUGCAAUGGAGGAAUGUGAUGGGACAAACAUGGAGAGAAGAGGAUGGGUCAAGACAGGGAAAGAAGAAUAAGGGCUUCCUUCCACUAUUUGCGAAAUGUGGAAAUAUAGAGUUUGCCUUGGAGGGGAAGGUGUGGCAAGACGCUCUCCCCAUCUUCACGAUUGGCGGCUGGUGGAACGAGGCCCCAUGUGGAGAGAGUAGUGAGUGCCAAGGGGGCACAGCCGUAGUGCAGUUUCGUUUGCAGGCGGGUGUUAUGGUCGACAGGCAUGGCUCCACUUCAACACCCUGAUGUGAGGAAAAACAUGGAGAAGAGGAUGGGUCUAGACAGGGAAAGAAGAAUAAGGGAUUCCUUAAUUUCCUUCCACUAUUUGCGAAAUGUGGAAAUGGUCGACAGGCACGGCUCCACUUCGACCCCGCUAAAUAUGCUGCGACUGCUUCUCAGGAAGUUCGAAUAUUUCUCUGAGUGCAGACAGUCCAUGCUUCAAACAGGUCAGGUUCGAUGUUUCUAACUAUUUGAACCAGGACACGAAUAUGUCGAAUAGUGUAACAUAUUAAAAUUAACUGGUGCCCACAGGCCGUGGUGGUGCACGGCACUCUAAGCCCACUUUUUAAAUGUGAUUGUGGUGCUGCUGGAUGCGUAGUGCACAAAGGGAAUUGCAGACUGCAGGGUUGGUCUUCCUUCUCCAAGUGCUGGAUGUUCAUACGUUUCGAGAGUCUUCGGAGAGUAGUCUUCCCUUGAGGAGACAGCUGAAGAAGGUGGGGAAAGGGGUGGGGGAUCAUGUUCGUAAGAGAUGGUCGUGGGAUUUGUGUCUUGAAAGCUGAAGUUGUUGGGAAGGUGAUAACGAAGGUUCCAGCAGUGAGAGAGAGAGAGAGAGAGAGAGAGAGAGAGAGAGAGAGAGAGAGAGAGAGAUGCCAGUGUACAUGUUAUAUUUUAUCAAAUGUGGAAACAGAAUAAACAAAGGUGAAAGGGAAUAGCCCUGGCUGUGCAAAAGUGAAAUGACUUACUUGGCAUCGAGUACUUGUUGUGCUCAGCAAGAAACGAAAUUCGUGUCUGAAAUAACAGGUGGGGGUGGAGAGAGAGAGAGAGAGAGAGAGAGAGAGAGAGAGAGAGAGAGAGAGAGAGAGAGAGAGAGAGAGAGAGAGAGAGAGAGAGGGCAUUUUAUGCAUGAGCUUCGCAGCAAGACAAACAGGCGAUAGAGCAUGAGGAUAGUGAAAGAGGAACCACAUGUUGAUAAACUGUGCAGACGAGAGGGUUCACUGCAACAGUAUGUGUGUGUGUGGACGUGUGCAAAGGACAUUAGUUAUUGGUUCUUCUGAUGUAUGUCAGUGUUCGACUGUGGUGGUAGAAUGGAGGACGUUAGUUAUUGGAUGUUCUGAUGAUCACCCCAGUCUGGCAUAUGGCACUGUGGUAUCAUUUUAUUCUGUAGUAGAGAGGGUAGAACACAACUGUCACACACUGAUGCUUGAGGGUUCGAUUUCAUACACAUGCAUAACCUACAGUCAUACAUGUACACAGCCUACGGGAAUAUACACUUCACAGACAUAUAUACAGUCUAGGGGCACACUGACGUAGUACACGGCCCGUGAGUCUGGUUGCUAGUACAAAACAUUAACGACAGUGUGAGGAGGAAAGUCUGGUCUCUGCUAGGAGUGUUAUAGACUACCUUCUUCCCCCGAAUACAACGUACGGUCAUUAUAGCUGUAUUUGAGGAAUCUUUCAGCCUAGAUACAGCUAUAAUGACCGUGCGUUGUAUUCGGGGGAAGAAGGUAGGGUCUGGGCUUGGGGGGGAUAUCAGAUACGGUUGGUGAUAUGCUUGGUAGGGAUUAAGGUAGUAUGUUGGACUGGUGGAGACAGCUUGAGCCUGGUGUGUGACAGGGCUCAACAGAUCAUGCUUCAAUUAGGGCUGGGUAGGGUCACGAUCUGCUUAGCCCUGGUGCCAAUAACUGGUGUUCUGUCGAACUCACCCCCAGGGGAGGAGGGGUGAUGGUCCUGAGUGAUUAACACUGAGGUAGGAUAGUGGGAAUAGGGAUGUGCUAGGAGAAUUGACGAGAGGAGGGUAGGGUGGGGGUCCCACAAACAAAUAGUCAGGACAACU